AAUGGCGCUGCUGUAUAAUUGUUUAUGUUGCUGUCUACGAUUAGUUUGUAUAUAUUUUGUUUAUAUUGUUGUCAAUGUUUGUAUAAAGUAUCUUUUUGUAUAAUUCUGUCGUAUGUUUCAUGGCGUGUUGUUUGCUAUCUGUGAAUUAGGGACUAUUUGUUUACGUGUAGUCUGCGAGGUGUGUGGAAGUCAGUUUCCGGCAGAUGUUGAAGGAACAGGAAGGUUGUCUGUGUGUUUAGAGAGCCUAGACUCUCCGGUACAGCAGAAGUCGGCACCGCACCAUCUAUAUUUUUAACUUUCUCAAAUCAUUUCUAUUAAGCUUGCCAUCCAUUUAAAUUUAUGCAGAACAGACUGGGAAAAUCAGCCAUGUCUUUACAAAGUGCACUUGUGGUUAAACAGGAAUCAAAUGACCAAGCAAUACAAUUUAUGGAUUUAAAAUCUUGUGUAACAUUGGCAAUUUCAACUUUAGAAGAUGUGAAACCAAAUUUAUCAAAUUUAAUUUCAACUUCAAAUGUUAUAAAACUAAAAAAUUCACCUUUUGAAGACAAGUCAAAUGAAAAAGUUGCAUUUUCAACUUCAGAUCAACACUCAGAUGAAAGACUAUCUUAUUCUAAAGAUAUGAAACCAAAUGUUUCAACGGAAUUUUUAAGGUGUGAUGUUAUGAAAAAGGAUAUCUUAACUUUUUCAUCAUUUAAGGUUGAAAACGAAAAUAGCUUAGAUGUUAAAAGACAGCUUGAAUAUUUACCAGAUUCUGAUGCUUUUAUUGAAAAUUUUAAAGUUUUAAAAUCAGAUCUUCAUCAUGAUUUAAAAGAACUCAAGGAAUUGCAUAAAGAAGUUAUUGAUAAUUUUCCAACAAUGUAUGAAUUCAGGGAUAAGGAACUGAAGACAUAUAAGUGUGAUAUGUGUUGUCAAAGAUUUACUCAUUUUCAUCAUAUUACACAACAUAUGAAAACUCACUUAGGAAAGAAUUUGUUUGGUUAUGAUAUUCAUCAGCAACAAGGUGCUAUGAAUAGUCAUGUAAAACAGCUUAAGAAAAUGAACAAGACGUUUUCUCUGCAUAAAUUACAUUCUGAAGACAGAUGCAAUGAAUGUGAUGUGUGUCAUAAAAAGUUCACUGUGAAGACUCAGUUAUCUGAACAUAAAAAUACACAUUCUAAUCUCAAGCCAUAUGAAUGUGAUGUGUGUCAUAAAAAGUUUGUCAGGCAGUCUUGUUUAUCUAAACACAAAAUUAUUCACUCUGGACUAAAGCCACAUGAAUGUGAUGUGUGCCAUAAAAUGUUUGUUCAGAGGUACAAUUUAUCUAGACAUCAAAAAACUCAUUCUGGGCUUAAGCCAUAUGAAUGUGAUGUGUGUCAUAAAAAGUUUGUUCAGAGGUACAAUUUAUCUAGACAUCAAAAGACUCAUUCUGGGCUUAAGCCAUAUGAAUGUGAUGUGUGUCAUAAAAAGUUUGCUUAUAAAUCUAGUUUAUAUACACACAAAAUGAUUCACUCUGGAAAUAAGCCAUAUGAAUGUGAUGUGUGUCAUAAAAGUUUCAAGCGUAAAUUUUAUUUAUCUCAACAUAAAAAGAUUCAUGCACAAAUAAGGCCACACGAAUGUGAUGUGUGUCAAAAAACUUAUGUUCGAAAAGUUGAUCUGUCUCAACAUAAAAAUGUUCAUUUACCAAUUAGACCACAUGAAUGUAAUGUGUGUCAUAAAAGGUUCACUCUGAAGAAAAGUUUAAUUACGCACAAAAAUAUUCAUGCUGGAAUUAAACCACAUGAAUGUAAUGUGUGUCAUAAAAGGUUUAUACAGAAAGUUACUUUAAAAAGUCAUAAAAAUAAACAUUUAGGACACAGACCAUACCAAUGUGACUUGUGUCAUAAAAAAUAUACUGAAAAGUGUGUCUUAUCUAAACAUAUAAAUGUUCAUCUUGGACUGAAGCCACAUAAAUGUGGUGUGUGCCAUAAAAUGUUUAGUCAGCAAAGUUCUUUAUCUAUGCAUGAAAAGAUUCAUUCAGGAGACAAAAGACAUGAAUGUGAUGUGUGUCAUAAAAAGUUCACUGUGAAGACUCAGUUAUCUGAACAUAAAAAUACACAUUCUAAUCUCAAGCCAUAUGAAUGUGAUGUUUGUCAAAAACGUUUCAAUCUUAAAUUCUAUUUAUCUGAGCAUAAAAAAACUCAUGAAAAACAAUAUGAAUGUGAUGUGUGUCAUAAAAAGUUUGUCAGGCAGUCUUAUUUAUCUAAACACAAAAUUAUUCACUCUGGACUAAAGCCACACGAAUGUGAUGUGUGCCAUAAAAUGUUUGCUCAGAGGUCCCAGUUAUCUAAACAUCAAAAGACUCAUUCUGGGCUUAAGCCAUAUGAAUGUGAUGUGUGUCAUAAAAAGUUCACUGUGAAGAAUAGUUUAAUUAUACAUAAAGAUAUUCAUGCUGGAAUUAAACCACAUGAAUGUGAUGUAUGUCAUAAAAAGUUUAGACAGAAAGGUAAUUUAGAAAAACAUAAAAAUAAACAUUUUGGACACAGACAAUACCAAUGUGAUUUAUGUCAUAAAAAAUUUACUGAAAGGUGUGUCUUAUCUAGACAUUUAUAUAUUCAUAUUGGACUGAAGCCACAUAAAUGUGGUGUGUGCCAUAAAGAGUUUAGAGAGAAAUGUUCUUUAACUAUACAUGAAAUGAUUCAUUCAGGAAUUAAAAGACAUGAAUGUGAUGUGUGUCAUAAAAAGUUCAUUAGGUUAAGUAAUUUAUCUGACCAUAAAAAUACACAUUGUGAUGUUUGUCAAAAACUUUUCAAUUGUAAACGUGAUUUAUUUCAACACAAAAAAACUCAUGUACAUGAGAAACCAUAAUAAAAACACAAAAUUAUUCACUCUGGGCUAAAGCCACAUGAAAAAAACAUAAAUCAAUUCACUCCAGAAAAAAAAAAUGAGUGUGAUGUGUGUCAUAAAAUGUUUUCUAGGAAAUCUUCUUUAUCUACCCAUCAGAAGUCUCAUUCAGGAAAUUAGCCACCUGAAUUUGAUGUUGGUCAUAAAUUUCUUAUUCACAAGGAUCACUAAUGUGUUUAUGAUAAAAUGCUGAAUUUUGUGCCGAGGUCACAAUGUGAAUACAGAAAACAUGACUGAAUUUGAUGUUUGUCAUAAAAAAAAAUUCUCAUUGUCGUUAAGUGUUGCAUACAUGAUAUAAUCCUCAUCAUAGUAUAAUUUGUUCUAUACAAAUAUAUUGGUUAUCUAAGAAUUUUAUUUUAAAUAUAUAUAUGUAUAUAUAUAUAGGAAUACCUCCUCAUCAGAUGGCAAGGUUAUUGACCUCCAUAGUCUUAAUGAUGAAAAUUGUAACUAAUCUAACAGGAAUCUAUUCAUGUAAAAUCUAAGUUGGUUAUAGGGUUACCAUUUUUUUAUGUGUCAGAUAACAUGCCAUACUUGUGUUCUAAACCUCUUUUGUAUUCAUUUAUAUAAAAAAGCAAAGAAUUUUUUUUUUUUACAAAUGAUUUUUCUGUAAAAUAUUUUUUACAUAACUACAUUAUGAUUUAAUAAAUUAUGGACAUAUU